AUGCUGGCACAAGGAGGUACACCAGAGAGCUCAAGACCAAUUGCUAUAGCUUCUAGAACAACAAACAAGGCCGAGCAGAGGUAUCCACAAAUCGACCUUGAGGCCUUUGGUAUUGAUUUUGCUCUACGACGAUUUCGCAACUAUAUCCUUGGUUCCCCAACCGAUAUCCAGGUUAUAACUGAUCAUAAACCAUUAUGCUCUAACUUCAACGGCAACCGUGAAGACUCGAUUCGUACAGAAAGAAUAAAGCUCCGCCAUCAAGACAUCAGAUUUGCGGUAAUCUACCAGUGUGGGAAAAUUAACCAAUCCGACUACCUAUCCCGACACGCGAAACCAAUCGAGAAACUACCUCGGGAGGAACAAACUGAAGCGGAUGACCUCAAUAAUCUCCUGUACCUACUUCAUACAACACCAGCCAUCGACUCCGUGGGUAUUAGUGCUAUUGCACAAGCCACAAGUGAAGACCAGACUCUGCAAAAGAUAGCGGCACUCAUCAAGAAGGGACAGACUUGGAUCCCAAAGACAGAACCUGCCGAAGUUCAACGUUUUCGACCCAUCCUUCCACAACUCACAGUUACAGGAAAUGGCAUAAUCCUCAAAGAUGAAAGGAUCAUUCUUCCGACUAAGCUCCAAGAAAAAGCUAUCCAGAUUGCACACAAGGGAGCCCAACCCGGACAGGAGGGGUUGAAGCGACGGCUUAGAUAUAAUUUCUUCUUCCACGGCAUGGAUAAGAAGGUGGAAGAGUUUGUAAAGUCAUGCAGUGACUGCAAUGUAUUUGUGGAUAAGAAGACGAAGGAGCCAAUCAAACCACACCGAGUACCAGAGAAGUGUUGGGAAACAGUUGCAGUGGAUUUAUUCGGACCAAUGCCAUCAUCUAAACAUGUGGUGGUAGUACAAGACCUAGCGUCAAGAUACCCUGCAGCAAAGUUAGUCACAUCAACAAAGGCAGACAAAGUUAUACCAGCCUUGACAGAAAUUUACGAAACAUACGGCAACCCAGAUGUACAGAUCUCAGACAAUGGUCCACCAUUCAACAGCAUUCAGAUGCAAAACUUCGCCAAGACCAUAGACAUCAAGUUACAGAAAUCACCACCACUACACCCCUCCUCAAACUCAGUCGAAACCUUUAUGCGGCCCUUGGGCAAGGCUAUGAAAACUGGGCGUCACAGCGGUAUUCCCGGAAAAGAAGGCCUAAAAAAUGUCUUGAAAAUCUACAGACAGACACCCCACCCGGCAACCAAUCUUCCAACGGCAGCUAUGAUUUUCCGCCAUGGACAACGCCUGGUCUUUCCUAGAAGACACGCAACAGACGAAGAGAUGAUCAGGGCACGAGAAGCAGACCAGAAGAAGAAACUGGAAAACGAAAGUAAAGUAAAUGGCUCCAAGUACCGGAAGAAAUCUCAUUUCAUAAUCGGCGACAAUGUCCUGAUCAGAAACUAGAAUAAAUCAAGAAAGUUUGACACUCUCUUCCUCCAGGAAGCGUUCAAGAUCAUUGAUAUGAACAGGGAGGGGAACAUAGUCACGGUACAACAAGAACGAAGCGGUCUCACACUAUGUCGCCACCCGGAUGAUCUCAAACCUUCGAAAAGUCGACCGGACAACCGCGAUGAGAAACAUGAGUGCAUGCAGUACGCCGACAUCCAAUGGCCAGAAGUAAUUGAGCACGAUGACGACAACGAGAGCUACUGCCUGGAAAAGAGAGAUACAGCACCACCGCCUAGACGAAGUCAACGGAAACGGACGACCAUUCCAGUUUACAAGUAA